CAUUAUUCCAAAUAUGGUCAACACACAUUCUGAUUGGAAUGGAAUUUCAAGUAAAUUAAGACAAGCAUUCGAAAACUUUCGUAGCACCUAUAAUGAUGAGAUUUCCAAAUUAGCAAAUCAUUUAAUUAGAAAAAAAAGGCAAGUUAUUAUUACCAUUAUUAUAUUCUAUAAUGAUAAUAAAUAUGUAACAAUUGUUAAACUAAAUUCUAGCGAUCCUUCUAACCGUGAAAUUGAAGGAUUCAUAGCUGGAGCGGUGUGGGAAACCCCACUUAAAAAGCAUAUUGAUAUACUCAAUUACGAUGUUUUCAAAAACCAACAAUCAGGUGUAAAGGCAUUAAUGACCUUGGUCGCUAAGAGCCUCAAGAUACAUUUAGAAUACCUGAUUGCAGAAUCUAGAGGAGAAAAUCCAGACUAUACCUCUAUGGUCUUAAAUCGUGUUAAGAAAUUAGACUAUAUCACAAUUGAUAUUACAUUCCCGGCUGCAA